AUGGUGUCCACAACAAGAGGAACUCUCUCUCGAGCCGCGGCGGAGAAGGCGGAAGGAAAGAAACCGGUGACAGAGGAAGGCUCAGGCAGUAGGAAAAGCGGGUCAGCGGUCAUGAAGAGCAAGGACUAUGCCGAGAUCUUCGACCAGAUGUCUUUCGUCGGGACGAGAUACCCUGACCUGACGGCUAUGGCGGAACUUGGGAUCUCUCAGGAUUGCCACUACCUCUUCGAGGAAAUGCAGCUUGCGAGGCUGAUGAUGAACCCUCUGCCUGCAUACAAGAAGGAAACCAUCGAGUUCCUCUCCACUCUCCGAGUUAACUUCUACGAGCCUGACGAGAUCGUCCCCGAGGAUGGGCGAGAAACAGAGCCUGGAACGCCUCAAGCAGAGCUUCAAGCCUUCUGGGCAAUGAUCGGAGUUGGCGAGUACAUGUCUAGCACUGCCAAGAGCACACACAUCAGGAACCCCGUGCUCCGAUACGUCCACAAGGCCCUCGCUCACACCAUCUAUGCGAGGCGAGACGUUACUGGUGUCACCGAAAAGGAGCUCUUCUUCCUAAAUGAAGGGAUGAAGAAAGUGAUUCACACGUUGCCGGAUGGAACUGAGAUGGUCGGGGACAGAUCAGGGAACAGCGUGGCGACGUAUCUUCUCAAGAGCUUCCUCAGCUACAGGGAGUAUGCUCUCUCUCUCAACAAAGUGCACAAGGCAAGCAGUGGUCAGCUGAGUUGUGGAGGACUCAUAACGCCGAUCCUCAUGAACUGCGGAAUCACGCUUGAGAAGCCGGUUGAUCCUCAAGCGAUAAACAUCCAGUAUCUCCGCAAGAGCACCUAUCUUCGAGGUCAACCCAUCAGCGGACGCCACAACUAUCAGUUCGCCUACAGGCAGUUCAACUUCGGGCUUGCGAGUUUCUUCCUGCCAAACCAGCCCUUGACCUACAUCACGGUCGGGGAGAACAUCGACUUCGAACCUCCUAUCGACACGAUUCUUGAACAAGGCCAAGAGGAGGAAGAGUACGAUUAUCCAGGGGCAGCUGAUGUGGAAGAGAGCUCAGGAGACGAGGAGAACCUCAUGGACUACAAAACCGGAGAAUUCCACUUCAAGAACCACGAGAUCAAAGGGAGGAAGUCAGCGGCUAAAACCGCACUUGAGAGCAUCAACACUGAUAUCACCAUAUUUUACAUGAUUUUACUAUAUAAUUACUAUGUUUUCAAACGGUUUUUGCAAGAUUCUUUGCCUUUAGAGGUAGUUUUCUUGUAUUUGUGGGAUUUGAAGUCUUUGUAG